AUGGAUCCCCUCCCCCAAGAAUUCCAAUUUACUCAUCCAGAGUUCGCCUACGAGGCCACACCAAACUUCCAGCCUGCAAUCAAGGUUUCCGUCUUCUUUCGUAAGCGUGAAGGUAUUACGGACGAGGCGUUCUUCAAGCAUUGGGCGACUGUCCAUGCCGAUCUGGCUGUCGCGAGUCAAGCAUUCCAAAGCCACAUUCUACGAUAUGCGCAACAUCAUCAAACACCAGAAAUGAGGGGAUACGCUGCCAGCCUGGGUGAAAAGGUCCUUGAUUUUGAUGCAUGCGCGCAGCUGUGGGUACGCACAUGGGAUGACUGGUUGGCGUUUUGUAAUAGUGAGGAAUACGCAGCUGCUCUAGGUGAUGAUUGUAAGCGCUUUAUGGAGUUGCCGAUGACAUAUAUGGUUGGCUACGAAAAUCUUGUCGUCGGCGACACCUCUACUGUAUUGGGUGGGAAGGAUGGUGUAUCAACCAAGGCUGCGGACAUUUCCUGUGUUUCUCGGAAAUAA